AUGGCUAAAGGCCGGCCGCCCACCUCUGGAUACGCCCGCAUCGCCCAGGCCGAGGAGGAGGAGGACAUCUUCGACGACUCCGACGACGAGGACCUCCACCGGGGCCAGAGCUCCCUUUCUGGUCGCUAUGCUCCCAUCCACCCUCAACGCCACGCCCGCAUGACCCCGGGCUCCGGCUCGCCCCCACGACGCAAGCCCGGCGGACGCAUGCGCAGCAAUUCGGGCGUCGACAUCAAGGCAAUCAACGCGCGACUGGAGAGAUGGGCCGACGAGAUUGCGUCCAAGUUCAAGAUCAAGAAGGGUCGUGGCAAGGCGCAGCGCGAAGAUGAGCUGGAGAUACAUCACUCGGUCUUCCAAGCCCCGGACUGGAUCCGCCCUGCCACCGCCGAAACAUUGGCCAGGGACUACGACAUGUCCCACCCUGACCGCUUGACAAAGAUCGAGUUCGAUGACAUCGUCGAGGGUGUCCGCACCGCCAUCGAGCUCGGCACCCACCCGAAACUCAUCACGCAAGGCAGUUCUGGAAGCUACUUUGCUCGCAAUCCAGACGGCAAAGUGGUAGGUGUCUUCAAGCCCAAGGAUGAGGAGCCCUACGCCUCCAGAAAUCCCAAGUGGACCAAAUGGAUCCACCGCAAUCUGUUUCCCUUCGCAUUUGGCAGAGCUUGCCUGAUCCCUAACCUCAGCUACGUGUCCGAAGCCGCCGCCUACGUGCUCGAUACCCAACUCCGAACCAACAUCGUGCCUUAUACCGAGGUCGUCGGCUUGUCUUCCAAAUCCUUCUACUACGACUUCUGGGAGAGACGGGCAUACUACAGGAAGAAGAAGCCGCUGCCGGAGAAGCUUGGAAGCUUUCAAGUCUUUUUGAAAGGCUACAAGGAUGCCACUCUUUUCCUGAAAGAGCACCCUUGGCCUGAUCAGCACAACACUGCGCUCCGGGACGCUCCCGCCCGGCGGAAAAAGAGAAGAUGGGCCGAGGACUGCAGACCGAGCGGGCCAGCAUCGGAUGAUGAGGAAGACGAUCGGCCUCCGACUGCCGACGAGACGCAGGUACGACGAGGGUUUUGGACGGAACGCUUGCAGCAGUCGUUCCGCGAGCAACUGGAGAGGCUGGUCAUUUUGGACUACAUCAUGAGAAAUACGGAUCGAGGCUUGGACAACUGGAUGAUCAGGAUCGACCCAAAGACGGAGGAGGCCACCAUCGUGGCAGAACCGCCGAAAGACCGCCGUGCAAACGGCUCUGCUGAAGAACCGUACAAGCGGCAGGAGCAGAUGGUCGCAACUAGCAGAUCAGGAACGCCUGCGAACGUGCCGCCUUCUAAGGAUGACCCUCAGGUGUUCCUCGGGGCUAUCGACAACAGCCUCUCGUGGCCAUGGAAGCACCCAGAUGCCUGGCGAAGUUAUCCUUUCGGUUGGCUGUUUUUGCCCGUGUCCUUGAUCGGACAUCCCUUCUCCGAGGCAACACGCAGACACUUCCUACCCUUGCUUACGUCGACGCAAUGGUGGAGCGAGACCACGCUGGCGCUGAGGAGAUGCUUCAUCCAGGACGCCGACUUCAAGGAGCGCAUGUUUGCUCGGCAAAUGGCGGUCAUGAAAGGCCAGGCGUGGAAUGUAGUCGAGACGCUCAAGACAGCUGACCACGGUCCUCUGGAACUCACUCGGAGGGCGAGGGUGUGCGUAUGGGACGAUCUGGUGGACAUUCCGGUGGCGGUGCCUUUGCAGCGUCCGUCGGCAGAGAUGCGGCGUCAGACAGAGGAACUCGCAGCGCAUGACGAGACGGAAGAAAUGGACAUCAGCAACGCGCUAGCUUCGUCGGCCCCUAACCCUCAUUCCGACCUGCUUGGGCUGGAAUCGCCUCCACGCAGCAACCCGUUCAACAUGUCAAGGCAGUCCAGCACGAUGAACAUGCACGAGAGCUCGCGACCGCCAGUCAGUCUCAAGUCUCGGAUGAGCUACGAUGGACCACGCAGUGUCAUACCGACCAGCCCAGUGCAGUCGAAGAAGAGGCGAUUUUCGUUCACAGUCCGUCGGAACAGCGGGCCGCUGGGGUUGGAAGAUGACGAGGGUGACCUUGGAUAUGCGGCAGCAGAUGACAUGGACGGCAACACGAAGCGGGUGAUUGUGGAACGGCUGGAGAUGGUCAAAUCCAAGAACCCGCUCUUCACGUGGUGUUGA